AACAGUCACGUGCUUAUUCCAUUAAUUGAAGAAUCGGGAUUGGAUUAUUGACUCCAUUGAUAUAAAGUAAAAGAAAACGAAAUAUUACAAUCAUUUGCCUUGUGACGGGUUUCUUUUGCACACAUGAUUGUUGAUCUAUCAAAAAAAUCUCUUGGAGUAGGAAAAAUGUCCGGAGAUGACAAUAGUUUAGACGGAGCAGGAAGUGUUGCUAGUUCGAACGGCGAUCGGCCACAGGACCGAAGUAUGGAGUCUGACGCUAACGUUAGUGAAAACGGCGUUGACCACGUCAACGAUGUCUCAAUAGAAAAACUAGAGAAGCUUGAUCCUUCAGAUCGUGAACUUUACGAAAAACUCAAACUACAAGAGAAAGAAGAGAGACUCGAAAUUGAACGAGAAUUGAAAGCACAUGAAGAUGUUCUGUCACACAUGAGAAAGCACAAUGACAUAAACAGAAUUCGUGAAUUCCGUCAUUCGGAGAAAAUUAUGGACCAGGAUUUUGGACAGGAUCUGAGAGUGAAUAAAAGUGAAAGAGAAAAACUCGAACGAGAGCGCGAGGAUUAUAAAACCCUGAGAGAAAAUGUGUUGAAGGGGUAUACGUCCCCGGCAAUAAACAUUUAUAACCACCCAGCUUACUUGGCGGCCAUGUCGGCGGCGACAGCAGGGUACCCUAGGUCCCAGACCCCCGAAAGUACCACAUCCACAACCCCGCCAUUAGGUGAUGGCCCCUCACAUCAUUGGACGUUCGAAGAACAGUUCAAACAGCUCUACGAAAUCAGUGAUGAUCCGAAGAGGAAAGAAUUUCUGGACGACCUGUUCCAGUUUAUGCAGAAACGAGGUUCGCCAGUAAACCGUAUACCAAUAAUGGCAAAACAGACAUUGGAUUUGUAUGAGCUCUUCAAGCUUGUCGUGUCUAAAGGUGGUCUUGUGGAGGUGAUCAACAAGAAAUUAUGGCGGGAAAUCACAAAAGGCCUCAAUCUACCUUCAUCAAUUACAAGUGCAGCAUUUACGCUUCGGACACAGUAUAUGAAAUACCUCUACCCAUAUGAAUGCGAGAAACUUCAUCUCAGUUCUCCACAAGAGCUACAAGCGGCCAUUGACGGCAACAGACGUGAAGGCCGAAGGUCAGGGUACGGCUAUGAUCUAUCACCGGGGCCAACACUCAUACCAACAUCUCACCCACAUCCACAUUUCAACGGACUCAUCAAUGGCAAAUUCAAUGGUACCAGUUCAGAUCGAAGAUCACCUAUCACAAGUCUGAGACAAUUUUGGCAAAUGCAGGCUGCACAGCAACAAAUGUGUGAAGAAGACAGUUUACCUCCAACCCCUACACACAGAAGUCUUUCAGAACGAUAUGCGGAGCGUGACGCAAUGGCCAUGGAAGCAGCAUCAAGGGCAAUGGAAGAAGCGACGCGUAAAAUGGAGGAAGCCUCGAGAGCAGCAGCGCUUGCUGCCGAAGAGCCUCCUCGUAAAAGAUUAAUGACAGAAGACGACAGAAUAAUGCCACAUCCAGGAAUGCCCAGCACACAUCUAAAAAUAACCAGCAGAAAUGAUGGUAGAACAGAAAUUGACAAUUCUUUAGUGGUUUCCAUGGAAAUUAACGGCAUAAUGUACCAAGGCGUUUUAUUCGCUCAUCAAGCAACUCGGCGAAUGUGAAGGAUAAUCUAAAAAACAUAAUCCGGGUAAAACAGACGCUUUAAAAGUGCAUAUCACAUAGACGCUCUGGAAGCGCGUGACAUCUCGACCCUGGGAAGUCACAAACACACUCAAAGCAUGUGUUUCUGGCAUAGGCCUGAAUAGCGGUGGACUUCGAUGCACAUUGAAAAGUGCUACACUUAAGUCUCUAGGCUGGCGAAAACAAGAGAAACGCCGAAUAAUGCGGCCAUUACUGUGAAAUAGCGUGAGGGCGAACACAAAUUUGAACCCACACACAUGUAUAAAGCUGUUUUAGUGCUUUUUUGAAAAUAAAGUAUUGUGCAUUAAGUCGAUUACCAUAUACAUGUACUGGGUAAACAAAACAACCAUAAAAUGUAAACUUUAAACAUAUAUGGACAUGGUAAUUCAUAUCUGUUUUGUGUAAAUGUUGAACAUUUUAGUGUAGGAAUGGUUUAUAUACUCAAUGUUGUCCUUGUUGAAAUAUAGAAAUUAAUGCACUUCCAUAUAUAGUUGUUGACAGCAAUAACUGCCAGCAUAGGCUGAGCUCACAGUCUAAGUAUUAUUGUGAAAAGAUGAAACGCGGAAUGUGAGAACAAGAGAUUUGAUUACUUUAAAUUCUUGUCCUAAUAUUGUAUUUAAGAGUUUACCUAAUAUUGCCAUACAUUUCUAUCUCUGAACUUGAACCAUUCCUUUCUAGAAGAAUUCCGUGUCACAAAUACAAGUCACCUGACACAUAAAUGUCCACGUUUAUAAAUUUUCAAACUAAUGCCCAAAAACAUCAGUUACUUAAAAAUAAAAUGCACAUUUGAUAACAUGUCCAUAAUCUGCAUGUAUCUAAGGGGUAAACUUCAUAUUGUCACAAAUGUCUCGCUUUUAUUGCAACAAGCCAUGAACUAUUUUGAAUAUUCGAGAAUAGAAUCCCCUUUGGUGUAGGUGUAUUCUUAGCUUAGGACCUUUUCCUCAGAUAGAAAAUCAAUACAUACAAUAACUUAAGCCAGGUACAUUUGCACUAAAUUUUUAAGUCAGCUAAACUUGCCAUAUUUUCCUUUUAUACUCAUAUACUAGUAUUUCAAAUCAAAUUGCGGAUUAGUUGCGGCAGAGUGUCGUAAGAAGAAUUAAAAGCGAGCUAAGAAACGACUACGCUAUUUUGUGACAUUCGGCUUCAAACAUGCACUUUUUCUAGUCAAAGCAUGCAAAACAUUUAUUUGUUUAAGCAGUGAAAUGAAUGCAUAUCAGUUCGAUUGUUUAGCAUUUGAAGUAUUUUAUUCAUUCAAAAUUAGCAAUACAUUAAUUAGUUUAUGAAUGCAUAUUGCAUUCAAUAUGUAUGUUUUAUAUUUGUCAUUCUAUUCUUUUACACUGUCAUUUUGUACAAAUUGUAACAGUAAUGUUGAUUAUAAAUUGAAUUAUUUAAUAAAAUGUUAUAUGUCGGUA